AUUAAUCCCAGCCCAAACCUCAUACCAGACUAUUCCACUCAAGCAAACCUGCAGCCUUGUUGUGUGAACUGCGAAGCAAGGUCGAAGAGGGGUACCGGAGCUGCGGUGGAGACACGAAACCAGCCAACCUACGGCCAUCAGCUCCGCCGCCUCCCUCCGUCCACGUUCCAGGGCCCUGCGUCAGCGGUCUUCCAUCUCUGGCUCUCCGAGUAAACCAGUCCGAUUCUCUCUUCUGCGGCUGCCGGCUGCCUCCAGCUCCAGGAUCAGGAGUCCACACCUGACCGCUCACAUUCCUGUAGCCCAAAAGAAUCACGUGACACGUAAGGACUUAGUAUAUAAAAAAUGGCAGAAGAUUUGAAUGGUAGAACCAGUGGAGAUGCUGACGAAAAACUUAGAAGUUUGCAUUUGUUAUCUAUUGAUGAAGAUGAACUUAGUGACGAUGGACAUGCUGAUUCAUAUGACGAUGAGGAUGAUGAGGAAAAAGUUCCUGUAGCAUUAGGCUUUGUGGAGAAGAAGAAGAAUUCAUGGUCUCUCCUCCGACAGUUCUUCCCAAGCAAAGCUGGGGGUACCCCUGCUUGGCUGGACCCAGUUAACUUGCCUUCAGGGAGGUAUUGUGUCUGUGACUUCUGUGGUGAGCCUUUACAAUUCAUGCUUCAGGUUUAUGCACCACUAACUGAGACUGACUCAACAUUUCAUCGUACACUGUUUGUCUUUAUGUGCCAAUCAAUGGCUUGUCUUCUUCAAGAUCAACAUCAACAGUGGAAACGGCACCCAGAACCGGCAUUACGGAGUGUCAAGGCGUUUCGCUGUCAAAUGCCUCGGCUCAACUCAUUUUAUUCAAGUGAGCCUCCAGAAAAAGAUGGGACAGCUAGACCCUCUGGAGAUGGAGCUCUGCUUUGUAGUUGGUGUGGUACCUGGAGAGGAGAUAAAGUUUGUAGUGGUUGCAAAACAGUGCGUUACUGUUCUGAGAAACACCAGGCUGUUCAUUGGCGGUCUGGACAUAAGAAGCAAUGUCUCUCAAACAUUUCACUGAGUGAAUCCAGCUGCAUAGUUGCAAAUUUGCCAAAAGUGGCGAGUAAAUCUUUGUGGCCAGAGUAUGAGAUCUCAAGUGAGGAUGAAUGUUUUGAGAUAUCUAAUGAUCACCCUCAUUCUACAUCUCUAGUUUCUACCAGCCAAUCAGAUGAAACAUUCAAUUCACUGCUAGACGCCUUUGAGGGGGACGAGGACAAGAAAAGUUGGGCAUCUUUCCAGGAGAGGAUAUCGUGUGCCCCUGAGCAAGUAUUGAGGUACUGUAGGUACCCUAAAGCCAAACCCUUGUGGCCGAUGUCGAGUGGCCAGCCGUCAGAGAGUGACAUCCGAAGGUGCAGCUACUGUAGUGGUUCUCGAGUUUUUGAAUUUCAGAUUUUGCCCCAACUACUGUACUACUUCAAUGUGGGAAAUGAUGCAAAUUCUCUUGAUUGGGCAACUAUGGUUGUAUACACUUGUGAAGCCUCCUGUGGAGGAUCUGGGGCUUACAAGGAAGAGUUUGUAUGGGUUCAAGUUCCAUCCCAGUCGUAGAAUACUUGGAAUAAACAGGAGUUACAAACUUACAGAACCAUGCAUUAUAUUGUUAAGUUUAUUUAGGAAUGGAUCGUGGAAAAACGUUGAUAGAUAUUUGCUUCUACCAAUUCAGAAUAUCGCUGUUGUAUUAAAAAAAAAUCUUACAAGUUUCUACUUUUAAGAAUCAAGUAUUUGAGUUUAGAACUAUCAAUUUGGAACUUAAUGCUCGGUAAUGGUGAGCAAUUUUUUGUGACACAUCAUGACAUCACACAUGAAUCUGACUACUAUGGAGUACUACGUAAUACGUAGUACUACGUAAUACGUAGUACUUCAUCCGUUCUUUAAUAAAUGCAACACUUUCUAUU